AUGUUUGAUUAUCAUCUCGCCGGCAGCUUUCAGAGGGCCCUGUUGGAUUUAAUUUUCAAGCGUGAGAUGGACCGGAUAAUUGCUUUGAUGAGUGGAGUUUCCGGGUGGACGCUCGUGACGGAUGGCUGGUCCAACGUUAAUGGUGACAGUAUCAUUAAUUUUGUUUUUGUGAAUCCUAAAUUUCCUCCUGUCUUUUGGAAAUCAAUUAAUACGAGAGCUGAGGUACACACCGGGCGUUAUAUUGCAGACACUAUUCUAUCCACUAUCCUCGAGCUUGAAGAAGCGGUCGGAGCUGGGGCAGUUACCGCCGUCGUUACCGACAACGCCGCGAAUAUGAAAAAGGCUUGGAAGCUUGUCCGGAUGGAGCGCAAAGGUAUGGUGUGCACUGGGUGUGCAGCACAUGGAAUGAAUCUGCUGAUAAAAGACAUCUUUAAAAUGAAGUUUUUUAAAGACGUCCUCGACAAGGCACAAGCCCUAGCUCGUUUCAUCAGGGGUCGGCGUGGCCUGUGGAGAAAAACGCCGUCGUCUCUCGCUGACGGUGGCAACACGCUGGUACACCCAUGA